UGCCCUUAUUUUAAGUAGAGUUAUCCAGCAUGUGUUAGGUGUGCUUAUGUGUGAUGUGAUUAAUGAGAGUGACAAUUAAAGUAUAAUUUAAUAAAUACACAGUUAUGUCUUCCAGUUAUAUGUUAGACUGGGACACAAAAAGGAAACUGUUGUAAGUGUUUAAUUGUUCUUCGAUUGUAAGAGGGACAUUUCUAUUUCACUUUCUUUUGUAAUCGUGUCACUAGUUGACAGUUUGGUAUAUAUUACAGUUAUUACUCAACAUUCAGCUCAGGUUUAAAACUUCCUGGUAAAUGUUUGUGCAGUGAAACAAGGCAUCUUUUGUUUCAUGUCAGUGACAUUAAAAGCUGUCGACCUGUCCAAACAUGCUGUUAUUAACAAUAAUAAUAUUAGAUGAUAAUCUCCUAUCUCUAAGAAACAUGUUACUUAAUGGUGGGAUGUCAUUUUAUAUUAUACUAUAGAAUAAUUUAGAGUGGUAAGUGACAGUUAAGUUUCAUCUUAGCUUCACCUGCUUGAUCUUUUCUAAACUAAUGCCCUAACUUUGAACUUGCUUAUUGCCCUGAAGGCUUUGAUGAAGGAAACAAAAUGAGCAAUCCAGGUGAGACGAUAGCUGGCAAAACCCCAAGUCAAAUCAAGUCCAACAAGAAACAGUUGGUUUUCAUCAUAGAAAGUUUUAUUGCUCAAUAUGACAAAUUAUGUGGAUAAUUUCCCACGAUGUAUUUUUGCAGAGGGGACCGAAACCUGGCACAGCUGUAAAAUUAUGUGUCCCAACAUGUUUACUAAAAUCUAACUGUGACCCUUUCUCAGCCUACUGCACAUCAAUGCAUAUAUCUCUAGGAAUCUAAACCCCUAUGAACUCCAGUCAUUACCCAUGUAUAGAGAAUGUUCUCACCCUGUUAGUAUGUAAACUGUUUGUCCUUUACUUGCAGUUUCUUUCCUCCACCCCCUCUCUGUGCGUGGAUGUGCCAGUCACUGUGGCUGUUUGUAUUGCAAAGGCUCCAAUAGUGUGACUUCACUCUCACGACUGUGCACUACUCUCAAUACCCCAUGGUGUUGGCCAUUGUUUAGAGAGGUGAAUGAGGUCAGGCCAGUCCUAGGUAUCCAGAGAAAGUGUUAUCUGGGCUCCCUCCAUCUUUCUUCAGGCUACUUGUAUCAGGUGUCCACUGAACAGGACCUACUCUGUGACUGAGGAGGAGAAGUGAUGCCUCAAGACGAUAGCUGUUGCAGAGUUUGCAGCAGGGGCUUCUAUAGCUGCCACUGGAAGCACUCGAGUGAAAAUAAGAGAAAACAUGCACACUGUUGGUUCUCAGUUGUCACUCUGGUCUCCCUGCUUUCCCUGUGCUGGAUAUACAUUUGUCUGGUUACUUUUAAUGACCAAGACGAUGUUAACUGGCAGGGCUUCACAAAACUGAAACGGUGGGUGAACUGGUUCAUGGUGCUGAUCAUCAUUUCUGCAGUGUUAACCACCUACUGCGUUCUGCUGCUGCUCUUUGCACUGUUCCAAGUUGCCUUAGGAGAACCACUUGACUUACAUUGGAUACACAAGAUCUUCUUAUUUUUUGGUGUGAUAUUCAUUGCUUUUGGGGUCACGGGAAUUAGUCACCAGUGGAGGGAUGAAUGGCCAACUGUUCCGCUCUCACUCCAGGCCACAGCUCCUUUCUUGCAGUUUGGUGCUGUCGGGGCAUUGACCCUGCUGAGCCCUUUCGUCUUCCGGGGUUUCCACACGGCCAAGGAAAAAUGCCCUAAGUUCCUGAUUGCAGUGGUAUUUGUAGUGGUGUCCGCAGCCAUCUUCCUGUGUCCCCUGUACAUCGAUUCUCCUUGUCUGAUAAAGCUGCAUGAAUUACCUGAAAAACCAAAGCUCAUUGGCCACCGAGGCGCACCGAUGCUGGCCCCAGAGAACACCAUGAUGUCGUUCAACAGGAGCAUCGCAUGCGGCGUUAUAGCCUUUGAGACAGACGUACAGCUCAGUAAAGACAGAAUUCCCUUCUUGAUGCAUGACAAUAAGUCUGAGUUCUUGCGGAGAACAACAAACGUUAAAGAGAAGUUCCCCGACAAAGACUUCACCCACAGCUUCAACUUGACCUGGGAGGAACUACAGAGUCUGAAUGCAGGUGAAUGGUUCCUAAAGACGGAUCCUUUCCGUUCAGUGUCCAGCCUCUCAGAAGAGGAGAUGGAAACAGCCAGGAAUCAGACUAUACCUUCCUUACUUCAGCUCCUCAACCUCGCCAAGCAGCACAACAUCUCAGUGAUGUUUGACCUGUAUAGUCUCGACGAGGACAAUGACACAGUCAGAACCAUCUUGAAUUCUGACAUUGACCCAAGCCUGGUCCUCUGGCUUCCUCCAGCAAAAAGAGAAUAUGUAAAUAAAACUGCUCCAGGCUUCAUCCAGGUCUAUAACACUGAAAGUGAUAUGGUUAAGAAAAGUGGGAAACACUUGAAUGUGAAAUACAGCGGUUUGAGUAUAAAAGAAAUCAGGAGACUUCGGAGCAAUAAUGUUACAGUGAACCUGUGGGUGGUUAAUGAGCGUUGGCUGUUCUCUCUGCUGUGGUGUGCAGGGGCCAGCUCUGUUACCACCAACUCCUGCCACCUCCUAAAAGACAUGGACCAGCCUGACUGGGUCAUGGAACCUCCUACAUACAAAAUAACAUGGAUUGCAGUGGACAUUACAUCUAUUCUGAUGAUGACUGUACUCUUCAUCUUUCAGUGGGACAGAGGACAAUACUUCAGCCUGGAAUGAGAAAGAACUGUCUCCGUUCUUACCCACUGGGUAGUUUGCCCGACUCCAGCAGGAGAUUUUUCUGCCCCGAAACUGACGUACAUCUUUGUCUGCACUGUCAAAAUGGUUUGGACCUAGAUGAGGAAGAAAGCAAGUUAAUGGGAAUAACAAUACACUGUAUUACAAAGCCAUGAAAAUAAGAAUGUUUUUUUAUAAGAUGUGAAUCAAAUAUUGGCACGAUGCCACUGGAUGGCAGUUUUAAUUUUUUGUUUCUGUACAAGUCUAGCUGGUUAACUGGGUUUAUCGUUCACAGGGUUUUGAUCAUUCUUCGGUUGCUACUGAAAAUAUGACGCUUAACUCUGAUUGUACUACUGGAUCGUGCACUGUAGAUCUGCACUGGAUGCGUUACUAAGCUGUUUUUCAUGGUGUCACCACUGCAGGAAAGAUGUGUAUGUACUGUAACCUGAGCCAAAAGCACUACAACUAUUUUAUACACUGUCCUGUUUCUGUGUAUUUAAUCCUCUACUGCAUGAAUUAUGUUAUUAAAAUCAAUCAAUUAGGUGAAAAAAAGCAACAUAUUCAUUAGAAAAGUUGCAUUACAACAUACAUUAUGUUUCCUUGUUAAUUUUUCCAACAUAUUUUAUGCACCACGGUCUUUGUUUUCUGGUUUCUUUUGUUUGUGAAACAAAGGGCAUCACAUUUUCUGCCUUUGCAUAAGAAAUACAAAGGUCCUUUGUAUGUCAUUAAGACAACAAAUGGAAAAUCGCACUUGUCAUAUGUCUUUAAACAAUCAGUUAUGCUUAUUUAGAGAUUCAUCCACAUGCUUGUAUUGUUUCAGCAAGUUAUUUUGAUUUAAAUAUGUUACAGUGAUGGAAUGAUAAAGUAGGCCUCAAGUAUUGCGCAUAAGUACAAUUCUUGUGCUUUACUAGAUCAUUUAAAUUUUAUACUACUUAAUAAUUUUACUCCACUACAUUUAUUUGGCAGCUAUACAAGGUGUAAUAAAAAGAUUUUAAAAACCUAUAAUGAGUGUAUAGAAUACAAUGCAUUGUUAUAUAAUUAAUGAAAACACCCAAUAGUAUAUAAAAUGGGUACAAUUAGCUCCAUGGCAGCCAGCUUCAUCAUUUAAAUGCUCAUAUGAUGUUAUAAUAUAUAAUAAUGUAAUACAGACAGAGCCCAUCUUGCCUGCAUAGGAGUACUAUUACUUUUGUACUUAAUGUACUUAACUUUAUGUAUAUUUUGCUGAUAAUACUUUUACUUGAGUACAUUUUGAAUGCAGGACUUUUACUUGUAAUGGAGUAAUUUUGCAUUGUAGUAUUGCUUUUACUUAAGUAAAGGAUUUAAAUACUUUUUCCACCACUGAGAUGUUAAAUAGUAAAAUCUAUCUUACCUUAAAGUGUGUUCCCACUCCAAAAUGCAACAGUAUACCCACUUCAGCUCCUCCUCUGAUCCAUCUGAAACGUGUCAACAUAUAUUACAACGUGUAAAAAUAAAAAAUAAAAAUUAUAAAUGGAA